AUGAAAGCAGCGGGUGUGGGAGAAGUUCGGAGAAGACAUGGAAAAGGACUUUCGGGCGGCACCAAAGUUGUUCUGGAAAACUGUCCGACACCUCAGGAGGGGGAAGCAGGGAACCAUCCAAGCUGUGGCAGGAGUAAGGAUGAUAUGUUGUUGACCUCAACUGAUGGAGUGUUAGGGCGUUGGAAGGAACACUUUGAGGAACUCCUGAACCCGACAACUCCGCCCUCUAUGUUAGAGGCGGAGCUGGAGUAUGACGGGGGAUCAACACCAAUCUCCCGGGGGGAGGUCACUGAGGUCGUCAAACAACUCCACAGUGGCAAAGCCCCAGGGGUGGAUGAGAUCCGCCCAGAAAUGCUGAAGGCUCUGGGUGUUGAGGGACUGUCAUGGUUGACACGUCUCAGCAACGUUGCGGGAUUUGCCCUGCUUGGCUGUCUGGCUGAUGCUCAAAAUGUAAAGGAGCCCCCGCAGUGGCCAAAGUGGCAUCAGGAGCCUCAGGAGCCUCAGCAGCCUCAGCAGCCUCAGGAGCCUCAGGAGCCUCAGCAGCCUCAGCAGCUUCAGCAGCCAAAGUGGCCACAGUGGCAUCAGCAGCCUCAGGAGCCUCAGGAGCCUCAGCAGCCUCAGCAGCUUCAGCAGCCAAAGCCUCAGCUGCCUCAGCAGCCUCAGCAGCCAAAGAGGCCUCAGCAGCCUGAGCAGCCCCAGCAGCCUCAGCAGCCUAAACAGCCACAGUGGCCUCAGCUGCCUCAGCAGCCCCAGCAGCCUCAGCAGCCUAAACAGCCACAGUGGCCUCAGCUGCCCCAGCAGCCUCAGCAGCCUAAACAGCCAAAGAGGCCUCAGCUGCCCCAACAGCCUCAGCAGCCUCAGCAACCUAAAGAGCCACAGUGGCCACAGUGGCCUCAGCAGCCUCAGCAGCCUCAGCAGCCCCAGCAGCCUCAGCAGCCCAAGCAGCCUACACAGCCAAAGAGGCCUCAGCUGCCCCAGCAGCCUCAGCAGCCAGCAACUCCCCCUAAAUGGAACCCACCUCAGCAGCCUGAAGAGCCAAAGAGGCCUCAGCUGCCCCAGCAGCCUCAGCAGCCUCAGCAGCCUCAGCAGCCUAAGCAGCCUAAACAGCCACAGCCUCAGCUGCCUCAGCUGCCUCAGCAGCCUCAGCAGCCUCAGCAGCCUAAACAGCCAACGAGGCCUCAGCAACCUCAGCAGCCUAAAGAGCCACAGUGGCCACAGUGGCCUCAGCAGCCUCAGCAGCCCCAGCAGCCUAAACAGCCAAAGAGGCCUCAGCUGCCCCAGCAGCCUCAGCAGCCAGCAACUCCCCCUAAAUGGAACCCGCCUCAGCAGCCUCAGCAGCCAAAGAGGCCUCAGCUGCCUCAGCAGCCCCAGCAGCCAACAACUCCCCCUAAAUGGAACCCACCUCAGCAGCCUCAGCAGCCCCAGCAGCCUAAACAGCCACAGUGGCCUCAGCUGCCCCAGCAGCCCCAGCAGCCUCAGCAGCCACAGUGGCCUCAGCUGCCCCAGCAGCCCCAGCAGCCUCAGCAGCCUAAACAGCCACAGUGGCCUCAGCUUCCCCAGCAGCCCCAGCAGCCUCAGCAGCCUAAACAGCCACAGUGGCCUCAGCUGCCCCAGCAGCCCCAGCAGCCUCAGCAGCCACAGUGGCCUCAGCAGCCCCAGCAGCCUCAGCAGCCUCAGCAGCCACAGUGGCCUCAGCAGCCCCAGCAGCCUCAGCAGCCUCAGCAGCCUCAGCAUCCUCAGCAGCCUCAGCAGCCUCAUUAUCCUCAGCAGCCUCAGCAGCCUCAGCAGCCUCAGCAUCCUCAGCAGCCUCAGCAUCCGCAGCAGCCUCAGCAUCCUCAGCAGCCUCAGCAGCCGAAACAGCCAAAGAGGCCUCAGCAGCCUCAGCAGCCUAAAGAGCCACAGUGGCCACAGUGGCCUCAGCAGCCUCAGCAGCCUAAAGAGCCACAGUGGCCACAGCGGCCUCAGCAGCCUCAGCAGCCUCAGCAGCCUCAGCAGCCUCAGCAUCCUCAGCAGCCUAAACAGCCAAAGAGGCCUCAGCUGCCCCAGCAGCCCAAGCAGCCAGCAACUCCCCCUAAAUGGAACCCGCCUCAGCUGCCUCAGCAGCCCCAGCAGCCUCAGCAGCCUAAAGAGCCACAGUGGCCACAGCAGCCUCAGCAGCCUCAGCAGCCUCAGCAGCCUCAGCAGCCUCAGCAGCCCCAGCAGCCUCAGCAGCCUCAGCAGCAUGAUCAGCAGACUAAACGGCAACAGAGGCCUCAGCUGCCCCAGCAAACCUGUGAAGUUGCUGACAAUCAAAAGAUACAUUGUGGAGCUCCUGGAAUCUCUACUGAACAUUGUGAAGCUUUAAACUGCUGCUAUGGUGGAAACAUGUGCUAUUAUGGAAAAUCUGUGACCCUUCAGUGCACCAAGGAUGGUCAAUUCAUCGUGGCGGUGGCCAAAGACGCCACCCUACCCAACCUCGAUAUAGAGACAGUUUUCUUCCUUGGAUGUGGCGAAACCUGCAAUCCUCUUGGCACUAAUUCAGCCUUUGCCAUCUACCAGUUCCCUGUCACUGACUGUGGCACUGUCAUGAUGGAGGAGCCUGGCGUUAUAGUCUAUGAGAACCGGUUGUCCUCCUUUUAUGAAGUCGCUUUUGGACCCAACGGAGCCAUCACCAGGGACAGUCAAUACGAGCUGCUUUUCCAGUGUAGAUACAGUGGCACCUCAAUUGAGGGUCGAGUUAUCGAGGUUGGCCUGCUUCCUCCACCACCCCCAGUGGCAGCUCCAGGACCCCUGCGCGUGGAGCUAGUGCUGGCCAAUGGAGAGUGUUCAGUCAAGGGAUGUGUGGAAGAGGAGGUGGCCUACAACUCCUUUUACGUUGACUCUGACUACCCCGUCACAAAGGUUCUCAGAGACCCUGUGUAUGCGGAAGUCCAUAUACUGGAGAGGACUGAUCCCAACAUUAUAUUGACUCUUGGAAAAUGCUGGGCAACUUCUGCUCCCUACCCUCAAAGUCUCCCUCAAUGGGACUUGCUGAUUGAUGGCUGCCCAUACCAUGAUGACCGCUAUCUGAUCGCUCUGGUCCCUGUGGACGCUUCAUCAGGACUCAUGUACCCAACCCACUACAGGCGUUUUGUUUUCAAGAUGUUCACGUUUGUAUCCGGUGGAGGUGUAAAGCAACAGGCUAUGAUUCCUCUCAACGAAAAGGUGUAUAUCCACUGUGAAGCAGCCGUGUGUCAACCGUCUGUCGGAGAUAAUUGUGAACCUAGGUGCUUCAGAAACAGGAGAGACGUUUCUGUCCAGAAAGGCUCCAGAGAAGAGACCACUGUGGUUAGCAGUAAGGAGCUGGUCUUCAUUCAGUAACAACAUUACAUUAUCAUGAAAUCUCUUUUUCUGAUGUUUUGUGAAAAGUGAUUGAGUUUCAAAUAAA